AUGGCAUUGAUAAUUUUACUUGUGGUAGCCCUAGCUGUAGUGCAAGCCUGUGCGGAAGAGGUUCCUUCUUCUCUGGUCCCUGAAUCUCACAUUCCCUCUGAGCUUGGCUCUUCCCUUCCACAUGGUGCUGAUUUUGCAGAAAUUCCCGAACUUCUUGUUCAGGCUGCAAGAAGGCAUCCUAAAAAGAAAACUCCUGGAAAACCUAAGCCUCCUCAAACUCCGAGAAUACCUAAGCCUCGAAGUCCUAUAAGGUAUGGCCCUAACAACAGUAUCACAGGAGAGACCUAG